UGGCGUAAAUGAUUAUUGUUUGGUCUUCCUCCAUGCAUCUGAUAUGAGUCAUAUGAUCAAAUCGGACGAAUGUCAUCUAUAUAUAUAAGCAUAUCCGCAUCUUCAUUUUCCAUUAUUCAAGCACAUUUUACUGUAAAUAUCUCAACUUGAUCGUUCAAACCGAGGCGUUUCUUGUCCAAUUGCUCUUUUAUCCCGUCGCGUACUUCUAGAAAGGUGGGGUUCACUUUUCCCGUCCUUUUCGCCGUUCCCCAAUUCAGUUUGUCGCAUUUAUGUCCAACCACAAGCUCCUUCUUUUAUCUAACUUAUAACCAAGGUCCAGACAGAGAAUGGGUGAAACGAUGGGUUCGGAGAUAGACGAAAAUGAAAGUGGGGUUUAUUGCAAAGAAGGUAAAGGGAAGAGAUUGUGGAAGAAGGUUAAGUAUCAGCUUGUUGAGUAUCAUUCCCUUCCUGCGUAUUUGAGGGACAACGAAUUCAUAUUAGGUCAUUACCGAUCGGAAUGGCCGUUGAAGCAGGUUUUAUUGAGCAUUUUUACUAUUCAUAACGAGACCCUCAACGUUUGGACACAUUUGAUUGGCUUCUUCCUUUUCCUAUGCUUAACUAUAUAUACCGCAAUGAAGAUUCCAAAAGUUGUGGAUCUCCAUGCUCUACAGCAUUUCUCUGAUCUACUAAAAAACGCAGAUAUACACAAACUGCCUUCAGAAUUUGUGUCUUGCCUUCCUGAUUUGCAAAAACUCCGGGAUGAAUUGGCAAGCUCAUUUCCCUCCAUAGAUUUGCUAUCAUCACCUUCGAGUUGGCAUAUAGUUGAAAUCCUGAAGAACUGUUUACCCAAAGGAUUCUUUCAUGGAAAUAACACUGAUGUUUGUGCUUUGAGAAAUGUUAAGAAUGAUCUUACAAACAUAAUAGCCCCAUUGAUCGUUCGACCAAUUACAAGGUGGCCAUUUUUCGCCUUUUUAGGUGGAGCGAUGUUUUGCCUGUUAGCAAGCAGUGCUUGUCACCUUCUGUCGUGUCAUUCACAACGAAUGUCUUACAUCAUGCUCAGACUCGACUACGCCGGAAUUUCAGCUCUCAUUUCAACCUCUUUCUAUCCAAUGGUCUACUAUUCCUUCAUGUGCGACCCUUUCUUCUGCAAUCUAUACAUCGGCUUCAUAACACUCUUGGGAAUCGCCACCAUCUUGGCAUCUCUCCUACCCGUUUUUCAAACCCCGGAGUAUCGUACAUUCCGGGCUUCCCUCUUCCUAGCUAUGGGUUUGUGCGGAGUGGGUCCGGUUCUCCAUAAGCUUAUCGUGUUUUGGGACCAACCUGAGGCACUGCACACGACAGGGUAUGAAAUCUUGAUGGGAUUGCUUUAUGGACUUGGGGCUUUGGUUUAUGCUAUGAGAAUCCCGGAAAGAUGGAUGCCGGGGAAGUUUGAUAUUGCGGGACAUAGCCAUCAGUUAUUCCAUGUGUUGGUGGUGGCUGGAGCUUAUACUCAUUAUCGGGCUGGUUUGGUUUAUCUCAGGUGGCGGGAUUUGGAAGGUUGUUAGAAGGAAAAUGAUGUAAUUUGAUAUUUUCUGCUUGUUUUAUGUUUGUUUUUAUGUAUGAAGGUUAAAAACAUAUUUGUGGACUACUUUACUUCAAAACUAUAAAUAAUGUUGUUAAGGGUAAUGUGUAUCUGUUUUAAUAAUAUAAAUUUAUAAAUAAUGCA